CUAGAAAUUGAUAACGUAGACAGCUUUAGGCUAUUUAUUCUUUUAUGUAGUUAUAUAACAUUGUAACGUUAUGUAACUGCUGAUAUAUUUUUGAAAAAUAUUAAAAAAAUUAUUGAGAAAACCUAGAAGACCGCCGCAUUGACUUAUUGGCUGGGCCUAUUCCAUUGAAUAUACAUUGGCAAACAUUUACAAUACGGAACAGCAUCUGCAAAGUGCAACUAUACUACCGGGUAUACGGCUGUACGGUCAGACGGUUCGUCACGUCAAAACAAUUGCAGCAUCAUAGAAUAAAAUUCAAGAUGGCUCUCAGCAUGACUUCUUGUUCAAUAAGAAUGUUUCGUCAUGGUGGAGUGCGAUCAAUGUCUACUCAGCUGUCAAAAAUAAACUCAGCAUCAACAAAUAAUUUAACGGGUGAAAGAAGAUUUUACCACAAAGGCUCAGAUAAUGCUGGCUAUCAAAGGUCUGUUCAGAAUGGAGCUCUCCUGCUCACAGGAGCCAUCAUUGGUUCAUAUGGAAUCUAUAAAUACAGUCAAGCAGGUGCAGAAUCAUCAAUGCCCACUGUGCAAGCAAAGGCAGUCAAGACCCGAGUGUACACAGCAUCUGAAGUAGCCGAUCACAAAACUCCAGACAAAGGCAUCUGGGUUUCGUAUAAAGAUGGGGUUUAUGAUAUUACGGAUUUCGUAAAGAUACACCCUGGAGGCAGUAAAAUCAUGUUGGGAGCAGGAGGAGCCAUUGAUCCAUUUUGGAAUCUUUACGCUGUUCAUCAAACGUCAGAAGUUCUAGAGAUGUUGGAGGAAUAUCGAAUCGGAGAUUUGAGUAAGAGAGACCAGAAGAGUCACAAGAAUGCCAACGAUCCGUUUGGAAACGAACCUUAUCGCUUUCCAGUCUUUCGAGUCAACUCUGCGAAACCCUUCAAUGCAGAACCACCACUAGAGAUCCUCACAGAUUCUUUUAUCACCCCCAAUGAAAUGUUUUACGUCAGGAAUCAUCUCCCUGUUCCAGAAGUUGACCCAGAGACUUUCAGGCUUGAAAUUGUAAUCGGCCCAAAAUCAAUCAAAUACUCAUUGGAAGAUCUCAAGAAAUUUCAGUGGUCGACUGUGACAACAACAAUCCAAUGUGCCGGCAACAGGAGAGAAGAAAUGUCAAAUUAUAAACCUGUCAAAGGUCUGAGUUGGGGUGCAAGCGCAAUCGGUACUGCUAAAUGGACUGGUCCCAGGCUCCGUGACUUACUGAUGACAUCUGGGCUCAACCCUAACCAUCCUUCAUUGAAGCAUAUCCAAUUUGAUGGACUUGAUUGUGACAUCACAAACUCAUGUUACGGUGCUUCGAUUCCUGCAAAAAAUGCUCUCAACCAUGACAAUGAUGUCAUCGUAGCAGUCAAAAUGAACGGCAAAGAUAUCCCAAGGGAUCAUGGUUACCCAGUAAGAAUCAUUGUACCUGGAGUAGUGGGUGCUCGCAAUGUGAAGUGGGCACAUCGAAUUGUAGCGAGUGAUGAAGAAAGCGACUCACAUUGGCAACAGAAAGAUUACAAACAUUUCAAUCCAUCAACUACAUAUGAAACGGCUGAUUACAGUAAAGUUCAGUCAAUACAGGAGUUACCAGUGACUUCAGCUAUAACCUGGCCGCAGACCAAUUCCAAGGUGGAACCUUCUGAAGACAACAUGGUAGAGGUGCAAGGAUACGCAUGGAGUGGUGGAGGAAGAGAUAUCAUUAGAGUUGACGUCACUUCCGAUGGUGGAAAGACUUGGAAGGAAGCUGAUCUCAUGAAGAAUCCCGAGAAAGAUGAUUCAUCUCAAACCUGGCCUUGGACUUUGUGGAAAGUAGAAAUGCCGGUGAAGAUCGGACAGAAAGUACAGUUCGCUUGCAAGGCUGUAGAUUCUUCAUACAAUCAGCAGCCAGAAACGAUCAAGCCGAUCUGGAAUCUAAGAGGAUUUUUAAGCAAUGCCUGGCAUCGAAUAGCAGUGGACAUUGUGGAAGAAGUCGACUGAAUUGUUCUGUGUAAUUCGAUAAUUUGCUUUUUUGCCAAAAAAAUUUUGAUUUUAUCCCCAAUUAUGGAUAUAUUAUGGAUUACACACAUUUUUUUAUUUUUUUUUCAUUUUGCUCUGAACAAAGCAAACAAGCAAUUACUGAUGGUUUGGUGUUCUGUUAUAUUUUUUGAAUCUUUGAAAACUUUUUUUUUUUUUGCAUAGCGUACUCGAUUUAUUACACCCUGGGGUGUUGGGCUACUUGAUUGUUUAUAAAAUUAAAAAAAAAAAUUCUAUAAAAAAGUUAGCUUGAAAAGUUUGGGGUUCAGAUCUGCUCUCCCCUUCUUCUAUGCUUUAGCACUUGCUUGUGUAUAAUGCAAGAAUGCUGUACUGUAGAAGAGUGAAAUGAAA